AUGUCCCAGAAGGUUUACGAUAUUAGACAAACACCUACUCCAUGCAAAUGGAGCCUCAAUUCGAGCGAACCUUCUCCUCAUCGCCACAUCCCUCACCAGGAGCGUCCAAAAAUAUGUGGUUCAAUUUUGGAAGCAAUUGGAAAUACUCCGAUGGUUCGAAUAAACAACAUUACCAAAAAGGACGGGAUCGAAUGCGAAAUCCUUGUAAAAUGCGAGUAUUUGAAUCCAGGCGGAUCAGUCAAGGAUAGAAUUGGUCUCAGAAUGAUUGAGGACGCUGAAAGAGAUGGGAGGAUUGAGCCAGGGUGGACGUUGAUUGAACCCACAUCAGGAAAUACAGGGAUUGGACUUGCUUUGACGGCUGCUGCAAAGGGUUAUCAUUGCAUAAUCACAUUACCUGAAAAGAUGAGUCAGGAAAAAAGCAACACUCUCAAAGCCUUGGGAGCUGAAAUUAUCCGAACUCCAACAGAAGCUGCUUUUAAUUCACCAGAAAGCCAUAUUGGAGUUGCAGAUAGACUAGAGAGAGAGUUACCCAAAGCAAUUGUACUAAACCAGUACUCAAAUGCAUCCAACCCAUUAACACACUAUGAUCAAACUGCAGAAGAAAUCUUGAGCCAAUGUGAUGGGCAUUUGGAUUACUUUGUGGUUGCUGCAGGAACAGGCGGCACUAUGACUGGCAUUUCAAGAAAACUGAAGGAGAGAUGCCCGAAUGUAAAGAUCAUUGGUGUUGAUCCUGAAGGCUCUCUGCUGGCAGACCCAGAGCACGACCCUGUUGGGACAUACAAAGUUGAAGGUAUUGGCUAUGACUUUGUCCCAAGAGUUUGCAAUAGUGAAUUAGUCGAUCAAUGGGUCAAGACAAAUGACCAAAACUCAUUCGAUAUUGCAAGAAGACUUAUCAAGGAAGAAGGAAUCCUUGUUGGUGGCUCAUCUGGCUCAUCCUUCUGGGCAGCUCUACAGAUUGCUAACUCCCCCCCCCCCCCUCCGUGAGCGAACAAAACCAUUAGAAAAAUCGCCAUUUUUUGACCAAAAACCCACCCUCCGUGAGUGAACAAAAAUUUUUUUUAAUAGAAAAAUUUUAAUGGAAAAAAAUUUUGAUAUAUAAGUGAUAAUUAGUAUAAUGAAAUCUAGAGCUAAUUCUGUUUAAUUUUAAACAAAUUGCGUUUUUAAAAACAUAAAUUUUGCAAAUUAAAUUAAUAUUUGCUUCCCAAUUUUUGCAAAUUAGGAUUUUUUUAAAUUUCGAAAAAAAUAUUUUUUAUAAAAUUUAUAUAUAAAUUUUUUUUUAAAAAAAAAAUUAACCCCCCUCCGUGAGCGAACAAAAUUUUUUUGUUCGCUCACGGAGGGGGGGGGGGGAGUAAGACUCUUCCAGCUGGCAAAAGAGUUGUUGUCUUGCUGGCAGACUCCAUCAGAAACUAUAUGACCAAGUUCAUCAACGACAAUUGGAUGAUACAAAACGGUUUCAUGCUUCCACCAGAAGACAACGCAUUGAGUGGAAAAUCUUUAAGAGACUUGAACCUGAGCCCUUCACAAAAUGUUUUGCCUUCAACCCCUUGCUCAGAAGUUUUGCAACUAAUGCAAGAGAAAUCGUACGAUCAGCUGCCUGUUGUGGAAGGAAGCAGUAUAUUAGGCGUGGUCACAGUUGGUGGAAUCACAGCAAAAUUAUCAUCAGGAAAGCUCAAAUCCACCGAUCCAUGCAGCAUGUUUUUGUACAAAGGAAACAGAAUCGUAACUCUGGAUACUCCACUCACAUACUUGAACACAUUAUUUGAGGAUGAGCAUUUUGCCCUGGUUAACACAGGGACAUAUAUUUCAAUUGUUACUCCUAUUGAUCUCGCAAGAUAUGUUGCCACCCUUCAAGCUUAA